AGAUCUCAAAUAUUUAUGACUGAAAGAAAGAACGCUGCAGGUCCAGAAAUCUCCUCCCAGCCUGAGGAGGAAGGAAAACACCGCUUGGAUUUAUCAUUUGCCACUUGCCACCGUGACGUCAGCUCGGGGCUGAGCUCUCUACCUGUGGCUGGAACCUUAAAUGAGCUGGCACCAGAAGAGAAAGGCACUUUCUCUUAGGCUUAGCAGCAACAGGAAUGGCAAUGAGACGCUCUGUGCUCCUCGCUGUGUGGCUCGGCCUGGUGUUGAGCCUUUUGAAAGAAAGUGCUGCUCAGGACACCCUUAGCACAGCGACACCAGCCUCAAGAAGCACAGGUAAGGAGCAAAGCCCUCAGGCAGCCCCUUCCUGGAGCAGCCCCACAGAGGCUUCCCCAAGUUCCUCUCCCAGGGGAGACAAAGAAAAUGGAACUUCAAAUGAAACUGCUCCUGAGCCACCAGUGAUUCCAAGCCAAACACCCUCAGAAAAUGGAACUUCAAAUGAAACUGCUCCUGAGCCACCAGUGAUUCCAAGCCAAACACCCUCAGAAAAUGGAACUUCAAAUGAAACUGCUCCUGAGCCACCAGUGACAACAAGCCAAACACCCUCAGACAACAGUACUGUAAAUGAAACAACUCCUGAGCCAUCUGUGAUUCCAAGCUCAGCACCUACAGACAACAGUACUGUAAAUGAAACAACUCCUGAGCCAUCAGUGACAACAAGCCCAACACCUGCAGUGGACUUCUGCAAUGGAGAUCCUUGUGGGAGAAAUUCAGCUACAUGUGUUUCCUUAAACAGCAGGUAUACCUGUGUGUGCCAAUAUGGAUUAUACUACAGUAAUGAGAAUUGUUACGGAGGGAAAGUAUUCCCAGCAAUCAUUGCAGUGAAUGCAAAUUACACUGAUAGUCUUGAAGAUGUAAAUUCCACGGAGUAUGAAGAUGUGUUCAACAAUCUGUCAAAAUUUUUUAAGGAGGCCCUUGGAACUCUAACAGGCUAUGUAGAAACUGUCAUCAUAGAAAUUCCACGUCCAGGCAAAAGCAGAAAUUCUGUUCCACUGAAUGUAAAAGUGACAAGCCUGUUCACGUCGGACUCUCCUGAAAAUAACAAGACAGUUUAUUCUGCAGUACAACAAGCACUAGAAAAGGGAAACCAGUUCUAUGUCCAGUCUUAUUCCGAGGCAAAACAUUGUGAUGUUUAUCAGUGUGAUACUAAAACCACAGUGUGUGAAGGGGACACACUUCCAGAGUGCAAAUGCAAAUCUGAUUUAGAAAAGACACAAUGGGAUGAUCGUUCUUGUUCAGCUUGCAGUAAAAGCUGUUCUGCAGCAAAGCACAAGUACUGUGUAAAAGAAGAAGAGGUUCCAACAUGCAAAUGUAUGGCUAACUUUAAAACCAAGCUUGGAGACUGUGUGCCUUGUCCAGUGGGCUACUCUGGGGAGGAAUGCACUGACAAUACUGAACUCAUCCUUAUAAUAGUGGGCACAGUGUUUGGAGCCAUUAUCCUGAGUUUAGUGAUAGCAGUCUCUAUUGUUUCAGUCAGAGCAAAACACAAACAAAGUCCAGAGAGGAGGAGCCUGAUAAAGUCUGACACGAAUACCUCUGAUGACAGACCAAGCAUGUUCCCCAGGGUCCAGACCACAUCUGGCCAUGCAAACCCAGGAUAUCAGCCUCACAACCCCUAUGAGAUGAGUUCCAAAAAUAGAGAUCGUUUUCCAGAGAGGGAUUAUGAUGAUAUGUAUGAAGCAUCACGGGAGCCCAGGGGCUUCAGGACACAGAACAGAUAUUGAGUGACCAGAGCAGCAGGAGGAUGGAUGACCACCACAACCCUGGGUCAGAGCUAAGAGUUUCACAGCCUCCCACCAAUGCAGUUACUGCAGCAGAAGAGACAACAACGUCCUUAACCCCAGAUUCUCUCAAGAUUUUCUAGAGGAAGACUCGUGCUUGAAAGAGAUCAUGGACAACUUUGAAAUAAGAGAAAAAUGUUAGAGAGUAGGGAGAAGAAGAGGACUUAUUUUAAAAGAGCUAAUGUGCUCCUGUAAACAUUAGACUUCUUUGAUGAGGCCAGAGAGUGAGUGUACACAAGAUACCAGGAUUUUAACCCUGCUGGUUUUCAGAUUUUUCCAGAGGAUGGUCCAGGCAAUGUGUGGGAUGCUGAAAAACAUCAGUACCCAUAGCUUCACUUGGAUUUGUGCUCACCUAAUUUGAACUAUGGCUUUGGGCAGAUGAAAACUGUUUUUCUUGAGAACCUGACCUGUUUCACUUUACUGUAUUAGAUACAGGUUUUUUCACCAUCCUCAACCCCCCAGUAUUUCCCAUAUUCAGUAUUUCCCAUCUGAAAGCAUUGUGGUCAGAUCUCUGCUGACAUGGGUUGUGUGAGACAAUGGUACUUGUCUGACCUUUUCCACUGCUUCCUUCCCAAUACAAUGGCAAGAUACAAUAUCUUCAAACAAACACUGUUCUUUUCAUCUUGCAAAACUGCAUUGGUUUUACAUUUUUAGCUCCUGUGGAAAGUGUCAGCAUAUUUUUUUCUUUUGAAGUCUUUAUGUUCCAAUGAUAAUAAGCUUGGUGUUUGGGGGUUCUUAAAAUUUCUUGCAUACAGUCAAUAAAUCUCUCUGUAAAAAAAUUUA